UCUGAAUCAUUGGCCUGGACCUGCUGUCCCAUCUGGGGGCUGGCAUUGAUGUACCCACAGCCAAGCCCACCUUGACACUCCCAGAAGAUGGUGGCUAGUAACAGAGCCAACGCACAUGGCGACAGAGCCUCUUGAAAGCUACUGUCUGUCCCCCAACUGUUCCAGCCCCCCUCCCCCAUGUGCACCCAGCCCCCCAACGCAGCACAUGGGUGACGGUGUGACGACCUGCUCCCUCCAAGGAGACAGUGCAGGCAGUUUAGAAGCUGUGGCAGUGAAGCAGUGGUUACAGCUGAGGACACUGUUAGAUGGACAUCUGGACAUCUUUACAGCCUGAGGCGAUGAGUGCAGACCAACUUGGAUCAUCCAUCAUCGACACCCAGCCCAUCCAUCUGCAACCUCCCCAGCUGGCAUUUGCUAAGAGUCAGGUGGCAGAACAGAAAAUCCAGUAAAUGGCAGCAGUGGGAAUCAUCCAUCCUUCUGACUGUCCGUGGGCUGUGCCGGAAGUUCUGGUCAAGAAGUAGGGUGGAUCAUAGCAUUUUUGUGUGGACAUGAAUUUAUCAAACAAAACUUGAUGGGGAAAAAUGUGUAUAUUUACAGAAACUCAUGAGCAGGCAUAUGCAGCAUUUCGGACAAAUCAGAAAAAAGGCAGUCCUCAGUGUAAAGCAAUGGAACUACAGGGGGCAGCCGCACGCUAUGCAUCUGAGGAGUGUGCGCGUGAAACACCGAAGAAGACGACGCGCCAGAUUCAAAAAUACGUUGGUUAUAGAUAAAGAAGGACCAUGUCGGAAAAUACUUUCCCAAUUUUUAAAAUUGAUGCUAUCGUGGCGUAUAUCCGGAGUGAUGUUUUGACCGGCCAGGAGGCAAAACACUUUACCAAAAGUGACAUAACUCCAAUACCAAAGCCAGACGUCAUCCGGACACUCUACAUGCGGAUUUUGCAGCUCUUAUAUCGCCUCGGACCUGAAUGUUAUUACGUGGUGCCGUUGGAUGAAAAUAUUCAGUUCCCCUUGUUACUGGAGAUGGCUACGCCUAUAAUGAGCCUUUAUGUGCGAAUGUGUCAAUUUCUACCAAUGUGUUUUGUGUACGACUUUCAGACAAAUGAUCUGCUCAGUCCAAAAGCAAAACGGACUAUUUACAUUUUGAGUGGCAUCUUAAAUUUUCUAAAAUUCAGAAACUUGAGGAUUGAGAUGACAGCGGAGUACCAGCAAACUUUCAGAGCAGACCUGGAUAAGCAGCAGGCCUACACCAAGGGAAUAAAAGAUGGUGAGAAGAUGACUGAGAAGCUAACGACGAUCCCCCCAGAGCAGCAGGCCGAGGCCAAGGAGCUGGCAGCAGCCCUGUCCGACCUCCAGAACGCCACCACCCACGCCUGCCAGGAAGCGAAUGCGAUCAACCAACAGGUUGCCGAAUGGAAAGCGGAGAUCGCAGAGAGGUCACAGAAACUGACCCAGAAGAAGGUGGAUGUGACCACGCUGAAGGAGACCAUCGGGAAACUGAAGGCCCAGAUCGUGGAGUCACCAGAGGAGCUUAAGAAUGAAAUGGAGAAAAUGAAAGAGAAAGUGAAGGCGAUCAAAAACUCAAAAGAAAAUGUUAACGCCAGGGUGGUGGAGUGGCAGAUCAAGGUGCAGGCAGAGACCCAGAGCAAGGCUGAGUUCCAGAACUUUAACAAACUGCUGCGGGACCUCGGGGUGGGCAUGGAUAAGAUGAACAGCCAGCAGGAAGAGAUCCAGGUGCUGGAAGCUCACUGCGAGGCCAUGGAGAAGGAGAUGAAGAACCUAGGUAAUGAAAAGGGUGAGCUGAAGUGGGCCCUCGAGAGGAAGAUGGACAAGCUGACCAAGCAGCAGAUCAGAAGGCAGAGGAAGAGGGAGAUGAAGGACCAGCACGUUCAGAACUUCAUGGGCGAAUGUCUCCAGGUAAAUCAGAAACGAGAGGAAAUCGUGGAUCAGAUACAGGACAUCAGCCGAGAGACACAGCACAUCAAGGCGACCAUCCAGGGCCUGAGAGAUGUGUGCCGCCUGGAUACAGACAAGGCCCAGGCCAUCUACGAUCGCCUGCUGUCUUCCCUGGACCAUUAUCACAAGAGGAUCGAAAGCCACGUCGUCCAGGGGAACGAAGACAUCAUGAAAAUGAAAGCACAUUACUAAGCAGCUUCUUUAUUUCCGCUUCUUGUAUUUAUCUCCUAUCUUCUGUACUCUUGCUUUAUCUGCAACACUGUUUGUGUUAGUACUCUUACUCUGUUUUAAUGUCUUGCAAACUGUCACUAACUGCUUAAAUCCCUUAUUUGGUUUUGAGUAGAUGCUCCACAAAAUUAUAUAAUUGUGCGAUAGUCAGUAAUACCAUUAUUUAAAUGCUUCAGUACAAUUUUGUUUAAUAAAUAUGGAAUAGACAGGAAAACCUAUGGUCCACUAACACCAAAUAACAUGACUAUUUGUACCGCAAACAUUUUAGCUGGUGUAGUGUAAUACAGGCCAGUUGUCGCAAACCAUGAUUACUCCAUGAUCUGCUUUGAAGUGUGUAGUAACUACAAACAUUUAUUAAGCCCCCCCCCCCCCCCCCCCCAGUUUUUACUGACUUGCUUAAAAUGUGCUUCUAAUGUAUUUCUACACAUGCCACAUGGUGGCAGCAAAGUCAAGUGAUGGCAUGUGUCAGUAGGAUAAAGACAUUAGCCAGUCCCUCCCCCCCCCACUUAGAAAAGGUGAUAAGAGUUAACUAAAAUGAAUUAUGUAAAAUAAGUCUAUGAAUCAAGAGUGACGUUUUGUUUUUCAGCUGGACUUGGGUUCAGUGUCCUAGGUAGUGACUAGUGUGCAAACAGAUUUUGUUGACUUCCUUUUCCUCUCUGCUUUCUGUAAGUCCCCAGGGCAAACCACUGCAGUGUUGGCACUUGUUUGUAUAAACAUCCUUGUGUUCUAUGGGGCUUGUGAUAGAUUGGGGUAUUUUUUUGAGCUGAGACCUGAAGUUAAAUAUUUAAAUAAUAAACAUUUCCAAGUAUAUAUCAACUAUUCCUGGAAAUCAGAAAACGGUAUUAGUCGUCUAAAUGGACUUUGUCCACAAUUGAGUAAUGAAACUAAGAUCUCAUUCUGUUUUGGAGUAUUACAACCAUUAUUUCCUGCUUGUCAUGCUGCAGUGGCAAUAGACGCUGAUUGUAUAUAUAUAAAGGAAAUGGUAUGGUUGCCACA